AUGGAUUUUACUUUUGGAAUUUGCUUAGAUUGUAAAAAUGAACGAAGCAGUUUAAAAUGGUGUAAAGUUUGUGAGAAUAAUUCUUUUAGAGAAAAUUUUAACAAUUGGACAAGUGGUAAUCUUAAUAUUGAUAAUUUCAUUAAGCAUACUCAAUUAAAUGCAACUCGAAGU